AUGCAGCUUGCAGCUACAUUUGCUCUUAACAGAGCAGAAACAUCUGUUUUCUGUAACUCUGAGCCUGCUGCUAAUGGGUUUCCACAACCUGGCCUUGGAACAGGUGCCUGGGAGCACAGUUGUAAGUCUGCCAUCUUCAACUUUCAGAGCCUACUGACUGUAAUCUUGCUGCUAAUAUGUACCUGUGCCUAUAUCAGAUCUUUGGCUCCCAGCAUACUGGACAAAAAUAAAACUGGACUAUUGGGGAUAUUCUGGAAAUGCGCCAGGAUUGGUGAACGGAAGAGCCCAUACGUAGCUGCAUGCUGCGUGGUGAUGGCCUUCAGCAUCCUGUUCAUACAGUAGCGCUGGGGGAAUGUC